AUGAAUCGCUUCAGAACAAGAAAGAAGACCAAGGAUGACUCAACCGUGGGCCGGUCCUCCAGUGAGGAGCAGUCGUCAUUGCCUUCCUUCAAGGGCUUCCGGAGGGGCAAGAAAUCGCACGAAGAGGAACAGAAGAAGGAAGUCGACUUGACGACGGCGCUCCCUUCCAGCGAUGAUUUCAGGACCAGCUUGCUCAUGACCGGGCUGUCUGCCCGUUUCUCCAUGCUGCGUGAACAGGACGACCCCAGCACAAAAAUCGGCAAAGCCAGCGACGACAGCGUGCUCUAUCCAAAACGCCAGUCUCGUUUGGCCGACUUCGCCUUUGGCCGUGGCCUGGCCGACAUAGCCGAGGUCGAAUCGAUCCGAGCGGCGGCGCCGUUUGCGCGGACUGGCUCGUUCGCAUCCGAUGAUGCCGAUUUCCAACAGGGCAGCAUCAUGAACCGCGCCAAACCCACCGAAGGCAACAAUCUGUUUGGCGGGAGGCAGAAGAUAUACAAAAUCCCCAUCGGAUCGUCUGCCAAGACUGCCGCCGGUGGCAUGGGCGGUCGGGCGCUGUAUGAGGACGAUGUUGCCCUCUCCGCUUUUCAGAAAUGGAGGCAAGCCGAGAAGGCCGGCCAGGGAGUUCUUGAAGGCGAUGGAGACGACGGCGACGACCGGGGUUACCUUGACGUCGAGUCGGAAACUACCCGUCCCGAAUCGCCGCUUCCGCUAGGUUAUAACCGUAGACGCGAGACUUCGUCAACAACCUCGUCGAUCCCAUCUCUUGCUCGUAACUCGACCGCAGCAACCUCGGUGACCUCUCAGCCUCCGUCCUCUCUCAAGGACUGGCAGUCGCAGGGUCCUCUGUCCACUUCAUCUGCUUCAACCCCGACCUUGGAACGCCACGUCACGAGGACAAGGAGGCUGUACGAGCAAGGGCUGAACCAGGAUCUUCACGACCAGCAGUCGUCGGCACUCUCAAGGAUCGACACCCUGAGCCGCCAGCGCCCGCUUGGCUCUCGCACACCAGAUCUAGCGGGCAGCUCCCCUUCUCCCACCGGCAAUGCCUUCAGUGACCGUUUUGGCGGCGACCGCAGGCAUAUCCUGACCAAAGCGAGCGCGCCCAAUCUGAGAUCUAUCAGCCCACCCGCGACUGGUUCAUCAAUAGGGACCAUGGAUCUGGGGAUCAAGCCGCCGAGCUGGGCAGAGGCUAGAAGCCCUCCCCUGGAAACACCGCCUCUGAGUCCGCCCACAAGCGAGGCUGGCGAUCAUCCCCUCCUUGCUAUCGGGCCCAACGACAGAGGCAAAGCCACGGCGAUGGGCGUUUUUCAAAAGCCGAGCCUUCCUUAUGAUGAAUCCAAGUUUGCACAGCGUCAGCUUCAGCUGCAGCAGGGACGGGAAACACCCACGCAGCGCUUCCGGGCCGAGUCCGGCGCUUCCUUCUCGACCAACAGAUCUCGUUCCUCGUCUGCUCAGCGUCAUAGACAAGACAACCCGUCUAGGCUUGACACUGCCCUCGAAGAGGAGCGGCCGUACGAGACCAGCUUCUUUAUCGAUAGUGACGAAGGCUCGACUCGUCUAAGUGGCCAUCCUGCGACCAAGAUCCCGUCGGAUCGUAUCCCUCAGAGGCCCGCAGAUCAUGAACACCCAGCUCUCCGUCAGUCCACUACCUCGGCGUCUCUGCCACCCAGCCGGCAUGCGAGUACAGGGCCGGCAUCUCGUGAGGCGCCAAAGCUAGAGGUGUCGAUCGACCGGGCCAGUCAGGUCCUCCCCGAAGACUCGCCCACGCUUGGACCGGGCGCGGGACUUAGCGGUAUGGUUCGGCAGCACCUUCGCUCUGAAAGCGGUGCAUCAUCCAUAUAUGGUGGUAUGCCUCAGACGGCAGGUCCCGAGUCGCAGUUUCCUGUCGAUGCAAGGAACCCGCAGGUCCUUGACGAUCUCGGCGUCAAGUCAAACCCUUGGCAGGAUCAGGACUGGUAUUCGGGCGAAGCUAAUGAGGAUGCCAUGCCCGGCACGGCGCAGAAUCGCACGACGACUUCGCAGAUCACUGGUCAGCAGAGUCUAACUCAUGGUCGCAACGGAGGAAACCACCUUGAGCAUGAUGGAGAAGAAGCGGUGGAGGCGGAGGAGGAGGAUGAAUUCGCAAGUCAGCUGGCUCACGCUCGCCGACGGGUCCAGGAGCGCCUCACGUCGUACGUUGAAUCUGAUAGCAGCAGGGCACCCUCGCCGUUGCUCCAGUCACCGGAACCUCCUAGAAACAAUCCUCUUGGUAUCCUCCGAGCCCAGUCAAGUAGGGGUUCGCUGAAAGACAGACCUCGCGAGGCUUCCCAGUCCAAGGCCAUGAAAAUGCUCGGCAUUGGCACAUCGACCAUGACUACCUCUCCGAGCCCCUCAAAACAGUCAUUUGACGAUUUCCCGGUUGGGACCAUGAGUGACAGUGCAUCGACAAUCCCAAAGCGCUUGGGUCGAGAGGCGGAUUCCGAUGCGGAUACGGAUGCUGAUGCGACAUCUACCGUGUCAAGAGAGGAGGAGAACGUCCCCCCCGGCCUUCGUGCCUUCAGGCAGGCGAGGCGCGAGCUGCAGAAACGCAAGGAGCUCGAAACACUCGCAAGACACCAGAACCAGCCUCACCAAUCGUCGUCGGACGCAGGCAUGGGCCCUUCGGUCUCAUCAAGAGGUACGUCGAGUCGCGAGCCUGGCGCGCCGAGAUCGGGGAGCCGGCCUCCCUCUGCACAGAAUCGCCGUUUGAGGGCAUCGACCGAGGACUCGACGAGCGGGGCCAGUCCGUCCAUGGGCAAUGCAUCUCGACCAUCCUCCAGAUCGGACCGCGACAGGAGCGGCUCAGAGACCAGCACCAGCAUCGAACGCAGCCGUCCUCCCAGACUACGGAACAACUCGUCCCCUCACGCAGAUCAGCAGCGACAGCUGGGUACUCGGAGCCCUUCCAAGGCACCCAUGGCUCGAUCGCCUGGUCUUCCUGGGACGGACAUCAGACACUCCCCCAUCAUGCCUCCUCAGGGCUAUCCUGGCGGCAAAACUUCUACGGCGCGCCAAGGCGAUAGGUCCGGGCCCUUGUCGUCGUUGGCACUACAGCCCAACCACACCGGGUUCGAUAAUCGAUCUGGGCAAGCAUCACCGAUUUCCCCGCUCAGCGCUGGCCUGCCCGCCUCUCCGCUCUCCGGCAUUCGUCCCAGCGGCCGUCGACCAUCGCUGCAGACAGGGUCGAGCAGUACUGGCAUGCUGAAUGACUCUAUGAAGAAGACGGUGCGCAAGUUUGAGAUCUCUGAGCCAACAUUUCUCACGAGCACAAGCCGGGUGCCCACAAUGGCUCUCCCGCAAAGUGCUUCGUCUCCAGAUAUGCAGUAUGACAGAUGCGGGCGCUCGGGGGGCGAUUCGCUCUCGCAGUCGGGGAGCACUGGCGGCUAUGUCCCACCGCCACUACCUCCCAUCAACCCUUUGCGGAAACGUGAGACGUCGGGACCUGGUGGGCACGCUCUCGAUGGUGACAGGCAGCCAGGGCCCGGCCAGUCGUUCGUAAGAAGUCGCAUCAACAGCCCGCCAUUUGUUGCUGGCCCCCCUGCCAGUCGGACUGUCGUCACACCAGGUGUCAACAAGAACGCCAACAUGAGCGUCCCAGGAGGGAUGAUCUAG